CAGGGAAGCUUCAUCUGACGGUUUUCAUUAUUCUCAUUCAGAUGCUCUGCGCCAAUGAAGCUUUGACGUGACGUCUCAGAUCUUCUUUGAUGAUGGAGUCCCCGAACUUGAACCUAAACUGUGCCAUAUGCCUGGAGCGUUUCCGAUUCCCUGUGACCAUCCCCUGCGGACACACCUUCUGUAAGACGUGCAUAACCACCCACUGGGACACCAAAGGCAAGGCCAACCUCGGACCUCAGUGCCCCCUCUGCAGCCAGGAGUUUAACACCAGGCCCAUCCUCAAGCGCAAUGUGUCCCUGUCGGUCCUGACUGAGGCUGCGAACAGUGGCGGCCCGUCCUGCAGGGAGUCACCCAUGAGGGGACACGAAGGGGUCAGAGCUAUGCAGCUGUGUGAUCGCCAUAAAAAGCCUCUGGUUUAUUAUUGCAGGCAGGAUAAAAUGUCUGUGUGCUGCGAGUGUGGUAUCGCAGAAUGUGCGGCCCAUGAGAAGGUCUUGUUGGAGGCGGAAAGGGAAAAUCAAGAGAUGCUGCUUGAGAUGAAGAAUAAGGAGGUGGGGAAACUCAUCGAAGAGACACAGAACUGUAUAAAGGACUUGACUGAGAACAUCGAUCAAGCAAAGGAGACUCUUGAACAGACCUCGGCCUGGGCCAAUGUCAAGUUCUCCACCCUGAUGAAAAUCCUGGCUGAGAAGCAGGAGGCCACAGAGCUCUUUAUCGAUGAGCAGAGAGAGGCCACCAUCACCGAGGCGGAGGCGCGGUUGGCUGAACUGGAGGAGCAUUCCCACAGACUCAAAGAGAGCCAGGACCAGAUAGCAGCUGUAAACAACCUCACCGAUACGGAGCUCAUCAAGGAAUCCAUGCUUAUAGAAGUUCCACGUUUUAAGGUCAUCCCCACAGAUGUAACACCCAACCUUCAAGAUCGAUUAAACUGCGUCACCGACAUCCUGUCCCGCGUCUCCAAGCUGGUGUCUGAGGACCUGGACAAAGCAGUGGGCACAGCAGUGGCUCAGGACAAAGAUGGUUCUCCUCAGGAUAAGAGGCCUGUCGGAGCUGUGGUUCCCAGUCCAGCUGCUCCGUGCCACCCUGGUGGGCAAGAGGGCCUCAACGCUUACCGAUGCUCUCUGACCUUUGACCCCCGCACGGCCAACGGGCACCUGUUUCUGUCUCAGGAGAACCAGAGGGCAGAGCACCUGACGUCUGGGCCCCGGCCCGUGCCGGUUCACGAGUCCCGCUUUGAUUACACCUGGCAGGUGCUCUGCUUUCAGGGCUUCACCCACGGGCAGCACUACUGGGAGCUGGAGGUGUCCAAGCCCUGGGCCUACCUCGGGGUGACGUACGAGGCCAUCCCCAGGAAGGAGAAAGGCAAGCGGUGCAUGGUGGGUAUGAACGAACUGUCCUGGAGCCUGCAGCUGGACGAGCAUCAGCUCAGCGCCUGGCACAAUAGCCGGAAGGAGAUCCUGGUGGGCCACUCGCAGCACAGGCGCAUCGGCAUGCUGCUGGACUACGAGGCAGGAACGCUCACCUACUACGGGGACGGUCAGACCAGGCUGCACGCCUUCCACUAUGCCUUCACCAAGGAGCUGUACCCCGCCUGCUGGAUAGGAGAGGGGGUCAGCAUCACCCUGUGCUCCACAUGAGGGUACAUGUAUGGAGACGUGAAGACGGGAGCUCGGUGAUAAGAAGCACUAUCAAACAUGGCCACUAUCGGACUCAACAGAGAAGAUCACAGUUAACCAUUAAGGAGUUUUUUUUGUCUUUUCACAGUGACUGCCUUUAUACCUUGUUUUUUAGCAGAAGCGACUGUGAGGGGCUAUCUCACCCAAACUCUAAAGACCCACAGGGUUUUGGUCUAACGACGGCACUACUUCAUUCUCUGUUUUUUUCUUCAUAGCAUGUAGUCAAUAAGUUCCAGGUUUAGAUAGACGUCUACUCUCAGGAAGAGAAGAAGCAUCUCCUUCACUCAGUGAUUCAGAUCACUGGAGUUUCAUUUUGAACAAGGGAAUUUAUUACUGGAGUUGGGAAACACACAUUCACACUGCACGCAUACAAAAAAUCAGCGCUGCAAAACAAGUGUUAGAAAAAGAAAAGGCCGUUUUUGUAAUGCAAUGAGAAGCAUCAUCCAAGCUGCCUGAAAAUCUGGCAGUUUUCCUGGUACUUCAUUUUAUUUUGAAACAUUAAUAAAGAUGUAAUUGAGAAGAAAGGCACCAUUUUACAAGGAUAUAGUCAUAUUUAAAAAAAUAAGAAUUCCAAAUCCCACCUGGGACCAAAUUUCUAAUUUCUCCUCCACAAAAAAGGCAACUUCCUCCAAGUCUGUGCAAUGCUUUCUUUGUAAUAGGCUAAAUUUCUUGCACAAUCUUUUCAAACUCCUGUCGAGCAAGUAUUUUGUUAUUUGUGAAAUCUAUACUAAAGUAUAACUUAACAAGAUGCUUCAUAUUGCUCAUUUUAAUGCAGGCGAGUCAGCUCUUCCGAUAUACCUUCUCUAAAAUCACACAUAGCCUAAAAUUACAGCUUUAUUCCUGUAAUCUCAGAUUGGUUUUCCUCUCUAAAUUCUCAGAUACUUUUUUUCUUCCUUAAUGUUUCAUCUCUUGGCAGACUUCAAUAAACGUAAAGAUUUGAGACAGUUUAUAUAAUAAUGGAGUCAGUGCAUAAAGCACAAUAACGCUACAGAAAUCCUGCUUCAUUUAAUUUUCCUGUUAAAUCUCAUGUGCUGUAAGAGAAACCAAAAUGCAUAGAACUGUACAUCUUUACUGUAAAUGUAAAGCCUCAUAAUGUUGGGAUCUGAUCAUUAAUGCACAAACUAAUUGCCCUGCCUGAACUGUGUGAAACCUGUGAUGCUGAUUGAGUGGUGAUGAAAUCUGCUGUCCUUUUUUUUUCCUUCUUCUUUUUUAUCGUGACCACAUUGAAAUCCUAGCUGGGACUUUUGGACUCAAACGUACUCGAGGCUCAGGACGUCUUGCACCAUACUUGAGAAACUACUGUGGAUUUGCACUAGUUGGCGAAGGUGCAGAUUGGGACUACUGAGGAGGAGGAGGAAAAAAAACAUUGCAGGGCCGAUAUGGCCGAAUGACAUUUAAACACAAGUCCUGCUGAAUCUGGAACAUGUUAAAUUUUCCCGUGCACUAAAGUGGACUACCAUCAGCGUGUGAUCGCAACAAAGACAAUGACAGCUGUGUUUCACAUGAAUCAAGAUCCAUUUAAUAAAAUGCAAUCCAAUGCACACAUUCA